GAUUUAGGUCUCUAUUUUUCUACACAAAGGUGAACAAAAUCAUUCAAUACUAGUGGUACAUGCUAAGCAGAAACAUGGAUCAAAAGUUUAUAUCAGCGAUAAUCUUACUUCAUCUUCUAGUAAUCACGAGUUUUUAUGAAAGCAGAGCAAGAGAAUUGGUUGAAACAGAAAACAAAAUCUUAGAUCAAACAGAGCACAAAAAUCAUGCACAUAAUCACAAUCACAAUCACAUGGACCCUUCUGUUAUGGUGUUCUUUACCUUAAAAGAUUUAAAAGUUGGAAAAAGAAUGCAAAUUAAUUUUCCCAAAAGAGACCCUUCAACUUCUCCUAAAUUUUGGCCAAGAGAAAAAACUGAUUCACUUCCCUUUUCAUUGAACAAACUUCAAACCCUUCUCAAAAUCUUCUCUUUCUCUCAAGAUUCACCACAAGCCAAAGCAAUGGUAGAUACCCUUAAAGAAUGUGAAAGCAAACCUAUCAAAGGAGAAGUUAAAUUCUGUGCAACUUCUUUAGAAUCUAUGCUUGAUUUCACUCAAAACAUUCUUGGUUCCACAAAUGAUCUCAAAGUUUAUGCAACUUCACAUUUAACAAAAUCAAGUGUUACUUUUCAAAACUAUACUAUACAAGAAAACAUUGUGAAGAUUUCAGCUACAAAGAUGGUAGCAUGUCACACUAUGCCUUACCCUUAUGCUGUUUUUUACUGUCAUAGUCAAGAAAGUGAGAAUAAAAUAUUUAGAGUUUCACUUGUUGGUGAUAAUGGAGAUAAGGUUGAAGCUAUGGUUGUUUGUCAUAUGGAUACUUCUCAUUGGGGAAAUGGUCAUGUUUCAUUUCAAGUUCUUGGUAUUAUGCCAGGAAGUUCUAAUGUGUGUCACUUUUUUCCAGCUGAUAAUUUCAUUUGGAUUUCAAAAUUGGAAGGUCAUGGUGUUUCUGUUAUGUGAUUUUAUUUUUGUUAAGUAUAUUAGUGAUUAGAAUUUCACCUUUUUUAAGUUGAAUAAGUGGGAGUACCAGAGUUCAUGCAAUGUUCCUACUAAUCGAGUUAUGUUUACGAGAACUCUGUCAUGUGAUUUUUAUUUCAGUAUUGUGUUAAUUACUUAUGUAUCAUUUUUAAUGUUCGA